AUGAUAGUCCUUAAGAAAUUAGACAAUACUUAAAAUCCAAGAUUCACAUAACCUAAUAAGUUGAAUACUUCUGGAUACUGGAAAAUUAUUAAGCACUGUUGGGUACAAUUUGUAUGAGCAAAACUAAUCAAAAUUAAAUUAAGCAAUCACUGUCACUCAAAUAUACGUCUACAUUACUGGAUUUAGUGUUUUUCUAAUUUUUAUUUUGAUGUCUUUUUAUUGGAUGAAAAGAAAAACUUCGAGACUAUAAUUAAUGAGAUUGAGCUUAACACUUAUUCCAUAUGAUAUUUUAUUAGAACCUAAGACUUUAAGUUCACUAAAAUAAUUGUGA